AGAACUGUUUCUGUCAGUGUCGACCAGCAGAGAACAGACUCUGAACCCAGCUGUGUGUCCACGAACAGUGACCGGUCCAGUACUGUCCCUCGGGGGUUCCUUCAUGGACAUCAGUCCGAUAAACAAGGGCUUCAGCUUCAGAGAUCAAAUGUUCCCAGUAGUCGGCAUUUCCAGAAGCCUCAAGCAAACUUGGAUUCAGUGUUUAAGCUGCUCGAAGAAAACAUUGUCACUUUUGUGAAGAAUGAGUUAAGGAAGUUCCAAAAGGUUCUGAGUCCAGAUUACCCAGAAUGCCAUGAUAAUGAGGUGUUGGACGGUGAGGAGGAAAAGCAAAAGAGGAACAGCAGGGAGGCAAUUCUGAAGAUCACACUAAACUUCCUGAGGACAAUGAAGCAGGAGGAGCUGGCUGACUGUCUGCAGAGCAGAGCUGGUGCUGUACUGUGCAAAAGUAAAGUCAAAUCUAACCUGAAGAAGAAGUUCCAGAGUGUGUUUGAGGGAAUCGCUAAAGCAGGAAACCCAACCCUUCUGAAUGAGAUCUACACAGAGCUCUACAUCACAGAGGGAGGGACUGCAGAGGUCAAUGAUGAACAUGAGGUCAGACAGAUUGAAACAGCAUCCAGCAAACCAGACAGACCAGAAAAAACCAUCAGACAAGAAGACAUCUUUAAAGCCUCACCUGGAGGAGAGGAACCAAUCAGAACAGUGAUGACAAAGGGAGUGGCUGGCAUUGGGAAAACAGUCUUAACACAGAAGUUCACUCUGGACUGGGCUGAAGGCAAAGCCAACCAGGACAUACAGUUCAUCUUUCCAUUCACCUUCAGAGAGCUGAAUGUGCUGAAAGAGAAAAAGUACAGCUUGGUGGAACUUGUUCAUCACUUCUUCAGUGAAACCAAAGAAGCAGGAAUCUACAGCUUUGAAGAGUUCCUGGUUCUGUUCAUCUUUGACGGUCUGGAUGAGUUUCGACUUCCUCUGGACUUCAACAACACUGAGAUCCUGACUGAUGUUACAGAGUCCACCUCAGUGGAUGUGCUGCUGACAAACCUCAUCAGGGGGAAACUGCUUCCCUCUGCUCGCCUCUGGAUAACCACACGACCUGCAGCAGCCAAUCAGAUCCCUCCUGAGUGUGUUGACAUGGUGACAGAGGUCAGAGGGUUCACUGACCCACAGAAGGAAGAGUACUUCAGCAAGAGAUUCAGUGAUGAGGAGCAGGCCAGCAGGAUCAUCUCCCACAUCAAGACCUCACGAAGCAUCCACAUCAUGUGCCACAUCCCAGUCUUCUGCUGGAUCACUGCUGGAGUUCUGGAGAAGGUGUUGAAGACCAGAGAGGGAGGAGAGCUGCCCAAGACCCUGACUGAGAUGUACAUCCACUUCCUGGUGGUUCAGUCCAAACUGAAUAAGGUCAAGUAUGAUGGAGGAGCUGAGACAGAUUCACACUGGAUUAAAGAGAGCAGGGAGAUGACUCAGUCUCUGGGAAAACUGGCUUUUGAUCAGCUGCAGAAAGGCAACCUGAUCUUCUAUGAAUCCGACCUGACAGAGUGUGGCAUCGAUAUCACAGCAGCCUCGGUGUACUCAGGAGUGUUCACACAGAUCUUUAAGGAGGAGAGUGGACUGUACCAGGACAAGGUGUUCUGCUUCGUCCAUCUGACUGUUCAGGAGUUUCUGGCUGCUCUUCAUGUCCAUCUGACAUUCAUCAACUCUGGUGUCAACCUGAUGGCAAAAAAACAAUCAAGAACCCAUUGGCCUAAAGUGUUGAGAGCAAAACCUAAGCUAACAGAUCUCUACCAAAGUGCUGUGGACAAGGCCUUACAGAGUCCAAAUGGACACCUGGACUUGUUCCUCCGCUUCCUCCUGGGUCUUUCACUGGAGACCAAUCAGAAACUCCUACGAGGUCUGCUGACACAGACAGGAAGUAGCUCACAGACCAAUCAGGACACAGUCCAGUACAUCAAGAAGAAGAUCAGUGAGAAUGUGUCUCCAGAGAAAAGCAUCAAUCUGUUCCACUGUCUGAAUGAACUGAAUGAUGGUUCUCUAGUGGAGGAGAUCCAACAGUCCCUGAGUUCAGGACGUCUCUCCAGAGAUAAACUGUCUCCUGCUCAGUGGUCAGCUCUGGUCUUCAUCUUACUGUCAUCACAAAAAGAUCUGGACGUGUUUGACCUGAAAAAAUACUCUGAUUCAGAGGAGGCUCUUCUGAGGCUGCUGCCAGUGGUCAAAGCCUCCAACAAAGCUCUGCUGAGUGGUUGUAACCUCUCACAGAGAAGCUGUGGAGCUCUGUCCUCAGUCCUCAGCUCCGAGUCCUCUGGUCUGAAAGAGCUGGACCUGAGUAACAACAACCUGCAGGACUCAGGAGUGAAGCUGCUCUCUGCUGGACUGGCGAGUCCGAACUGUACACUUGAAACUCUCAGGUCAGGAUCAGGUGAUUUACUACAAAGAUGACAAAGUGGUCCAAGUGUCGGAUCUACUAAGUUCAUGGUGGUGUUACGAAAAUGUUACUGUGGGAUAACAAUGUCUACUAGUGUCUCUGCUAAUAUGUGUUUGGAAAUAAUGGUUUAAACUGAAUGGUGAACUGGCCACUAUCCUGCUCGGGAUCAAAGUGUUGGACGGCUUGUCCAACCAACAUGAACAUCCUUUGGCCCACCUGCUUUCAGGGAACCAGGACGGUUUAAGUCGUGCUUUUAGUUUGUUAGAGCAAUCUACUACACUGGAAUAACUUAUUUCACUGUAAUAAUGAUUUUAAAAUGUCUUUACAGUGACAGGACUUAUUUUUAGUAUCGAUACUUCAUUAAAAUAGCGCGCGAUCAGAGCGCACUCGCUGCUCCGCUCCCUGUCAUGCUGCCUGCACGCAUUGACUGCAAGGGGGCGGUGCUGCCCAGCGCUCACACACGCAACAGGCAGCGAUCACUCACAGCAGCGAUCGCUGGGGAAACACGGCCUCAAGUGCAGGAGCUUUUG